AUGGUGCAGGACCCCGUCGACAACUAUUCUACCCGCGCGGCUCAGGCCAUCGCCAAUCGUGAUGCCACGAUUCCGCAGGACUGGAUGCUGCCGAAGAGCGCGUUCCCCCUCCCAAACAAUGUGACUUCUUUACUCAGUCUGAAGCUCUCACCUGAAGAAAUGGCGAUCGUCGAGCUCCCCGCCUACGAACUCCGCGACAAGAUUGCAGCUGGAAAGCUCACAGCCGUUGACGUCACCACGGCAUACCUCAAGGCUGCUGCCGUGGCCCAGCAGACUGUCAAUUGUGUUGUCGAGCUCAUUCCCGAAGAGGCUCUGGAGCGAGCUCGCUGGCUCGACGAACAGCUCAAGACUACCGGGAGGCCCGUGGGACCGCUUCACGGUGUUCCCGUCAGCCUGAAGGACCACAUCAACCUGAAAGGUCAUGACAGCCCCUGCGGUAUUCUCAGCUUUGUAGGCAACAUGGUCGCCAAGGACGACGCACACCUCGUGUCUAUCUUGCGCGAUGCUGGCGCCGUGUUCCAUGUCAAAACCACCAACCCACAGUCGCUCAUGCACCUGGAGACUUGCUCGUACCUCGGAACAACCCGGUGCCCAUACAACCCGGCUCUCACCAGCGGUGGAAGCUCUGGCGGCGAAGGCGCUACCAUGGGCAUGAAAGCCUCCGCCCUCGGAGUCGGCACCGACAUUGGCGGCUCCGUACGAUCUCCAGCCGCCGCCAAUGGCGUUUUCGCCUUCAAGCCUUCGUCUCGCCGCCUCCCGUAUGAGGGCUGCAACAUGCCCGUUGGGCCAGCCGGCUGGGAGGGCGUGCUGUGCACUCAAGGUCCCUUUGCCCGCAGCGCACGAGACCUCGAAGAGUACAUGCGAGUCAUUCUGAACUCCAAGCCUUGGGAGAAGGACCCAAGAGACGAUGGCGUCGUUAAACCGGUGACCCCGAUCCGCCGUGCUCUCGAGGACGCUGUCGAGAAGCUCUCUGCCGGCAAGGGCGACACCACGUUCGAGCUGGUCGAGUACACGCUGCCUUCGCCCGAGGAGGCCUGGAAGAUUAUCACGUCCUUAUACUGGCCCGAUGCGGGAGACAUGGUCCGCUCCAACCUCGCCGCUGCCAACGAGCCCGUCAUGGAGCUGACCGACUGGAUCCUCACAGAGGGCGGUCAGAAGCCUACUCUCGAUGAGGCACUGGAGCGCAUCGUGACCCGCGACCAGUGGAGGUCGAUGUUGGCCAAGCACUGGCACGAUGCUGGGCUCGACGUCGUCCUCGCCCCCGUCGGCCCCACCCCUGCGCCCAAGCACGGCACGGCCAAGUACUGGAACUACACCUCGUACUGGAACCUCGCCGACUACCCCGCCGUUGUGUUCCCGACGGGCAGGUUCGUUGACCCAACGCUCGAUGUCCACCAACCUGAGCGCCAGCCUCGCAACGAGAAGGAGGCGUUCGUCUGGAGCAACUAUGACGCAGACACGUUUGCUGGCGCGCCGAUCGGUCUCCAGCUCAUCGGCUACCAGUCUCACGACGAGGAGACGCUGGCGGCAUUGCGCGCUGUCCUGGCGGCACUCGAUGCCUGA